GUUGGCAUGAGGUGCACCCAUCUAUGCGCAGUUGGCAGGUUGACAGCAUCAUCCCGCCUCACAUGUGCGCCGUGGCAACGUCCAACGCUGCGGCACGUCUCCCGGAUUUAUCUUGACCUCAAGUCAAUACAUUGCCAGACAAUAUCGGGCCUCAACCCGGACCAGGUCGACCGGCCAGUGCCGACCAUGACUCCAGAAACAAGACAAACUGCUCAGAAUGGCCAGCUGCCACAUAUCGGCAUUAUUGGUGCUGGGCUAGCAGGCCUGCGGUGCGCAGACAUCCUCCUGCAGCAUGGCUUCCAGGUGACUAUCCUCGAGGGUCGCGAUAGGAUAGGUGGCCGUUUAUAUCAGGACCGCAUGGCCAACGGCAUCACAGUUGACGUAGGACCCAACUGGAUCCACGGAACCGACAACAAUCCCAUCCUAGACCUCGCUAAGCAGUCCAAUACUGCCUUCGGGAGCUGGGCCGACGAAUCAUAUGUCUUUAACGAGGACGGGGAGCUCUACAGCUCUGAAGAAGGCGAGCGCUACUCGACGAUGAUGUGGGAUAUCGUCCAGGCGGCGUUCAAACACUCCAACAAGUGUUCGGCCGAGAUCGGCCCCGACGAAAGCUUGUUAGACUUCUUCAAGGCCACGCUGAAAGGGUUGAUACCCGAGUCAACCGACGAUUGGCAGCGAAAAAGGGAGAUCGUCCUCAAGAUGGCCGAUCUAUGGGGUGCGUGGGUGGGUAGCCCCGUUGAGCGGCAGAGCUUGAGAUUCUUCUGGCUGGAAGAGACUCUGGAUGGCGAGAACCUCUUCUGCUCCGGCACGUAUGCCAAAAUCCUGAAGGUAAUCGCCGCACCGGCUCUCAAAGGCGCAACGAUCCACUACAACACCCUGGUGCACAGGAUCCAUGCUCGAUCUUCUCCGGAAGACCCCGUCAAGGUGACACUGGCCAGCGGCACUCAGCUGUCUUUUGACGAGCUCGUCGCCACCUGCCCGCUUGGUUGGCUACAGAAGAACCCCCAGGCCUUCGACCCGGCCCUCCCACCCAGCCUCACCAAGGCCAUCAACAGCAUCAGCUACGGCUGCCUGGAAAAGGUAUACAUUUCAUUCCCAAGAGCCUUCUGGCUGGACCCGGACCCCAGCAAGGGAGGUCGCAAGGUCCAAGGUUUUGCGCAGUGGCUCUCACCGCGCUUCGCACCGGACACGAACCCAAACCGCUGGACGAUCGAGGUCGUUGAGCUCGCCUCCCUCGGGCCCGAGGUGUCACACCCGACCCUCCUGUUCUACAUCUACGGCGCGCAGUCGGCCCAUAUCGUCAGCACCAUCAAGUCCCUCCCCUCCGAGCAGGAGAGGGACAAGUUCCUCUACAGAUUUUUCAGCCCUUACUACACCAGGCUGCCCAACUACCGGCCCGACGCCCCAGAAUGCCAGCCCGUCUGCAGCUACGCGACCACCUGGCUGGCCGACGACCUCGCCGGCAACGGCUCCUACAGCAACUUCCAGGUGGGGCUGCAGGAGGGCGACGAGGAUAUCAAGACGAUGCGGGAGGGGUGGAAGGAGAGGGGUGUGUGGCUGGCCGGUGAGCACACGUCGCCCUUUGUGGCGCUGGGCACGGCGACAGGCGCAUACUGGAGUGGAGAGAGCGUUGGAAGACGACUGGUAGAGAGUCGAGGGCGGGAUGUGGGUGUCGCCGGCAACGGUCACCACGGGGCCGCUCACGGGAGCAAUGGCUAGAAAGGCACGUCAUCUGUGGUUUAAUCAGGUCACCUCGGCCCAGUCCUAACAAGUGAUGGGCAGGGCGUCCUAGAGAGCAAAGUAGAGAGAAGCACGCUCCAGU